UCUGUGGGAGGGGCACGCAAGCAGUGAGAGAAAAGUGCAUCAUCCGUGGCAAAGGAUAAUUUCUGUCGAACGAAACGGUCAUAUUUAUUCUUUAGCAAGCUAGCAAAGGUUGUAAGAUAGCUGGCAAGCUGUAACAGACACUCCUCUGUAGUAGCUGGGACAAGAGUUGCACAAAUGACAGAGCUACGGCACCGCGGAACGACGGAAAACGACCUACAACAUCAACAAUCCGAAGACAAGGGAUCUGAGAAUGAAGGGAAAGCAGAGAAGGAUGGGGCGUCUGACAGUGAGACCAAGCCUGAUACAGGGCUCCCUGAGGUGCCUGUCCCUGCUGAUGACACCCCCGAGGUCCUCAACAAAGCCCUGUCUGGACUGUCCUCACGAUGGAAGAACUGGUGGGUGCGAGGGAUCCUGACUCUGGCCAUGAUCUCCUUCUUCUUCAUCAUCAUCUACCUGGGCCCCAUGGUGCUAAUGCUGAUUGUGCUGUGUGUGCAGAUCAAAUGCUUCCAAGAGAUCAUCCACAUCGGUUACAGUGUAUAUCACUCCUACCACCUUCCCUGGUUCAGAACGUUGAGCUGGUACUUCCUACUGUGUGUGAACUAUUUCUUCUACGGAGAGACGGUGACGGACUACUUCUCUAAUCUGGUGCAGAGGGAGGAGCCGUUGCGCAUCCUCAGCAAAUACCACCGCCUCAUCUCCUUCGCCCUGUACCUCACUGGUUUCUGCAUGUUUGUGCUGAGCCUGGUGAAGAAACACUAUCGCCUGCAGUUCUACAUGUUUGGCUGGACUCAUGUAACUCUGCUGAUCGUUGUGACCCAGUCCCACCUCAUCAUCCACAACCUGUUUGAGGGAAUGAUCUGGUUCAUCGUGCCCAUCUCCUGUGUGAUCUGCAAUGACAUCAUGGCCUACAUGUUUGGCUUCUUCUUUGGACGUACUCCACUCAUUAAGCUGUCUCCUAAGAAGACCUGGGAAGGCUUCAUUGGUGGAUUCUUUUCUACUGUUAUAUUUGGGAUCCUGUUGUCCUAUGUGAUGGCGGGCUACAGCUUCUUUGUGUGUCCGGUGGCGUUCAACAGCGACCAUAACAGUUUUGAGGUGGACUGUGAGCCCUCUGACCUGUUCCAGCUGCAGGACUAUGCCCUGCCUGCUGCCCUUGAGUCCCUCACUGGAUGGCCCACACUGCGCCUCUACCCAUUCCAGAUUCACAGCAUCUCCCUGUCUGCCUUUGCCUCCCUCAUGGGACCUUUCGGAGGCUUCUUUGCCAGCGGCUUUAAGAGGGCCUUCAAGAUCAAGGACUUUGCCAACACCAUCCCCGGUCACGGUGGCAUCAUGGACCGCUUCGACUGCCAGUACCUCAUGGCCACGUUCGUCAACGUGUACAUCGCCAGCUUCAUCAGGGGCCCUAACCCUGCCAAGGUGGUCCAACAACUCCUAGCCCUGCGCCUGGACCAGCAGCUCCACAUCUUCAACUCCCUGAAGACCCACCUGACAGAGAGGGGUCUGCUGGAAGAGGCAGCCUAGGGCCCCCAUGGCCAGGCCCAGGGUCGGGUCACCCUACUGGGUACAGGAGGGCAGCCCCUUGGCACCAGGAAGCCCUAGAGGUGUGGGAGAAGAAGUGUGGUGCUUGUGUGAGAAAGAACACAAGCCUUUGGGUCAUUCCAUUGUGUGUGUGUGUGACUUUGAGAGAGUGUGUACAUUAUGACAGUGUGUCCUAAACUGUUUUCCUUUGUCAGUGUUUCAGGUUGCGUCUGUGAGUUACUGUACCUGUUUAUGUAGUCAUGUCAGCCAUAGUAUCUACAACAGAGUGAUGCCACUUUAUCUGUGUACCACGAUGAGGUCAGGUGGACAUUUCCACAUGUAUACAGGAUGUUCUAUACCUAUAAUGUGUGUGAAUAUUUGAUGAUACAUACAUUUUUUUAUUAGUGUUUUAAUGCACUGGUCAACAUACUCCCACUGUAUCGUCCUCACCCUGCCACCCUGCCUGUCUUAUGCUUCAUUCGUUGUAAUAAUUGUUUGUAUUAAUGUUGAUGGUUGAGUUUUUACAUUGUCAUCUUCCAUUAUAUCCCUGUGGUUUGUCUAUGUGCAUUUUACUCUGUAGAGAUUCAUUCUGCAAUUGGCAUAUGUCAUGCUA